AUGUCGACUAUUUCGGACGCGAUCAAGCAGGAUCAUCGCGAGAUCGAAGAGUACUAUGACAAGAUUGUCAACUCUUCGGACCAAGACACGCAGACCAGAUAUCAGAACCUAUUUACCUGGGAAUUAGCUCGCCACUCGAUUGGAGAAGAGCUUGUGAUAUAUCCCGCUCUUGAAAAAUAUCUGGGUGAUAAAGGCAAACAAUUGGCGGAUAGGGACCGUCAAGAACAUCAAACCGUCAAAGAAGCACUUUACAAGUUCCAAGGCCUCAAAGCAAAUGACCCCGACUUUAUUCCAACUCUGAAGUCUCUCAUGUCGGAUCUCUCAGAGCACAUCAAGGAAGAGGAGCGAGAUGAUCUUCCAGGACUUGAGAAUGCUUUGGCCUCAUCUCAAGAUCAGAUGAGUGAGGAUCUGGUCAAGUCAUUUGAACGGACUAAGCUCCUCGUUCCGACGCGCUCGCAUCCCUCUGCUCCGGACAAGCCUCCAUUUGAAACUGUCGUUGGACUAAUGACAGCCCCUAUCGACCACGUUAUGGACAUUUUCCGCAAGUUCCCACAGUAA